AUGGCCAACCCACAUAUAAAAGUAGAUAUGGUAAUACAACUCAGAGGCUUUGUUACAAUGAGGCCUAUACUAGGUGGAUCGUCACCAAUUAAUACAUCAACUAGAAGUGUUUUAUUAAGAACAACAACAUCCAGAUAUCAUUCUUUUGUAUUCCCACUAAAAUCCUUUCAGAUGAUCCAGUAUUUCCAUCUUACAUCAAGAAACAUGAAAAAUUUAUAUAGCAGGAAUCUUCAAAUUAUCACAACUAAAAGAUUUAUUUCAAUUUUCCCCAAAAUUAUUAGUAAGAUAGUUAGAGUUCCGGUAUAUAUGGGUGGUGGUAUGGCAGCAGCAGGAUCAUAUAUUGCGUAUAAAUUUGAAGAAACUACAAAUUUUACUAUGGAUAAAUUAGCUCAAUUAAAAGACUUUUCUGAUUCAAUGAAGGAUAAGUUUCAGAAUAUUUUCUCUAAAGAUGAAUCCUAUAAUGGGGGGUCAGGAUCAAAUAGUGACAGUGGCAGUGGAGGUGAUGGAAUACCUUCUGCUACUUUACUUGCUGCCUUAACAGAUGAGGAAAGAAAUGAACUAGAAGCUGAACAACGAGAAAGGAAACUUCUUGAAGAAGCAGCUUUAGAUGGGGCUGAUUCUGAUGAUUCUGAUGAAGAUUUAGCAGAUACAACACAAGAUGACAUGUUGAAUUUAACCAAACAAAUGAUUGAAAUUAGAUCAAUAUUAAGUAAAAUCGACUCAACGUCUUCACAUCUAACAUUACCUUCGAUUGUAGUCAUCGGUUCACAAUCCUCAGGGAAAUCCUCCGUCUUGGAAGCUAUCGUUGGUAAAGAAUUUUUGCCUAAAGGCUCUAAUAUGGUUACACGUAGGCCUAUUGAAUUGACUUUGGUUAACAUCCCUAAUUCAUCGGAAAUUACUGCAGAUUUUCCAGAACAGAGAUUAUUCAAUUUAAAAGAUUUUAAGGAGGUUAAACGUAUUUUAAUGGAACUAAACAUGUCAGUCCCAUCUUCACAAGCUGUCUCAGAAGAACCAAUUCGAUUAACUAUCAAGUCAUCUAAUGUACCGGACCUUUCUUUAGUUGAUCUACCGGGAUAUAUCCAAAUAGAAGCUGCAGAUCAACCAACUGAAUUGAAAAGUAAAAUCCGUCAAUUGUGUGAGAAGUAUUUAGCAGAACCUAACAUUAUACUUGCGAUUUCUUCUGCUGAUGUCGAUUUAGCCAAUAGUUCCGCAUUGAGAGCGUCAAAGACUGUGGAUCCUAAUGGGUCAAGAACCAUUGGUGUUAUUACCAAGUUAGAUCUUGUUUCCCCCGAAAUAGCAAAAGAUAUUUUAAAUAAUAAGAAAUACCCGUUAAAAAUGGGCUAUGUUGGUGUUAUUACUAAAUCACCAAGUAGACCGCAUUACAGCUUAUUUGGUGAAAGCAUGAGCCCUGAUUCCUCAUCCUCUCUGGGUGGCAUUUUUGGUAAGAAGUCUAAUAAUAAACUGCAUGAAAAAUAUAAGGUGAAUCAGGUUGGUUUACAACAAAUGGAAUCACGUCAGUUUGAAAGGAUGUAUUUUAAAGAAAAUAAAAAAUACUUUAAUAAUUGCCAAGUAUCAACUAAAACUUUAAGAGAGAAAUUGAUUAAAAUUUUGGAGAUUUCAAUGUCUAAUGCUCUAGAGCCUACAUCAACUAUUAUUCAACAAGAGUUAGAUGAUGCAUCAUAUUUGUUUAAAGUUGAAUUCAAUGAUAGGCAAUUAACACCAAAGUCCUAUUUGUUAAAUAAUAUUGAUAUAUUAAAAUUAACAAUAAAAGAAUUUCAAGAGAAAUUCGAUAGAUAUAAAUUAAAAUCUAUACUGAAAGCAGAACUGGAUCAAAAAGUAUUGGAUUUUCUGGCAAAUAGGUAUUGGAAGGAUGAUAAUCUCUAUGAGCUUUCUUCGAAGAUAAAGAGUAACGAUGAGAUGGUAUAUUGGCAUAGAAAAUUAGAAUUAGCUUCCUCAAGUCUUACUAAAAUUGGUAUUGGUAGACUUUCUACUAAUCUGGUUACUAAUGCCAUCUUACAAGAACUAGAUAAUAUUUUAAACAAAACGCAAUUGAAGAAUCAUGAUUUGAUUAAAGACUUAGUUAAUAAUACUGCUGUAAAUGUGUUAAACUCUAAAUUUUAUUCUACUGCAGAUCAAGUUGAAAAUUGUAUUAAACCCUUCAAGUAUGAAAUUGACUUGGAGGAUCGUGAUUGGAGUAUGGCAAAAGAUCACUCUGUGAGACUGAUAAAGGAGGAAUUGAGACAAUGUAAGGAAUGUUUUAAUCUUAUUCAAAAUCAUAUUGGAAAUAAGAAAUUAAAGAGGGUUAUGUCGUAUUUGGAAGAGGAUUCAUCAAGGCCAGAAACUCUGGGUAUAUCUAAAAUGCUACUAGAACGUGGUAAAGAAGCAUUGUUCUUAGAUAAGAGAUCAAAAGUACUUCAGUUCAGAUUGAAUAUGUUAAAAAAUAAAUGUCGUUCAAGGUCUGAAAAAGAUAGAUGCCCAGAAAUAUUUCUUAAUGCUGUUAAUGAGAAAUUAACAUCAACAGCAGUAUUAUUUUUAAAUGUGGAACUGUUAAGUGAUUUUUUCUACAAUUUUCCAAUUGAGUUGGACAGACGAUUAAGUCAGUUGAGCAAUGAACAAAUUGAGUUAUUUGCUAAGGAAGAUCCAAAAAUAUCAAAACAUAUUGAGCUACAAAAGAGGAAGGAACUAUUGGAAUUGGCUCUAGAAAAGAUUGAUUCUAUAUUAGUAUUUAAAAAAAGUUAUAAGGGUGUGUCAAGGAACAUUAAAUAA